AUGACGGGUCCUUAUGCACAGCACCAGAGCUACAUUGCAAAUGUUUCUAGUUCUGUGUCUCUGAAGAGAAAAGUGACUGCCUAUGAAGUGCAUGUGACAACAGGAGAGCUGUGGAAUGCUGGGACUGAGGCUGAUGUCUAUAUUUGUGUUUAUGGAGAAAGAGGUGACACAGGAUCAAGACAGCUGCUCAGGUCACAGAAACCCAGGAAAUUUUUAAAAGGACAAACUGACAUCUUUGCUGUUGAAGCCGUGCACCUUGGACAGUUGUACAAGAUUGUUAUAGGACACAAUGGGCUCGGAUCAGGAAAUGGCUGGUUUCUGGGCAAAGUUGUAAUCAAGGAUCCUAUAACAGAUUUGGAUUAUACUUUUCUUUGUCACAGGUGGCUGGACCAGGGGCAGGAUGAUGGCAAUAUUGCUAGAGAACUGACUUUGACGGAUGCCAGCACAUUUCCAGGAAGGCAAGAGCUGGAACUCAAGAGAGAGGAAACUUGGGCUGCUGAAAAGUGGAAGUUUCAGGAAGGCAAUACACUUCAGUUUUACAACAGGCUCACUCGUGGCUUCAUUUGCCUCGGUCCAGAUGGCAGAGUUGAUGCUUUUGGUGACAAGAAAAACAAAUAUGGUAUUUUUGAUGUAAAUGUCAAAGGAAGAAAUAUAUGUAUAUUCAGCAGUCAUCAAAUGCCACGUCUUGCUCUUGCUCUUGUCAAGGGCCAUGUAAUUGGAAAGAGCAAAGACAAGACUUGCUGUGAGCUCUGUGUUCACUUUCAACCCAACGGUUGUGCCAUUCUUGAGUCGGCCAGGAAUCCAGGUCACACUGUUACGUUCAAUCUUGAAGGCAAAGCACCUGAUGAAACAACAGGAUAUGCUGGACUUUCCAAAGAAUUUGUUGUGCAUGUCAAGGGUGUGUUUCACCAUGGUGCCAUCGUUCUGCUCAACACAAGUCUCUGCCAGGCUCUGUCCCUUAGACCUGACGGGAGCUGCAGUGGAGCAGGUCAGCAGCAGCAAGAAUCCUACUGGAAGGUGCAUAAAAUUCACUCUGGAGUCUGCAUGUUUGAAAGUGUGAGAAACCCCAGAAUGUAUCUGAAGAUCAAAGAUGACCAGUGUAACGGAACAGGCACAGGUGAUGACUACUGUCACUUUAAAAUUGAGAAGAAUUUGGAAACUGGAUCUGUAAGUCUAGAAUCAGUGCGAAAUAGAGGGAUAUAUGUUGGUCUCCUGCCGGAUGGCCAGACUAAGCCAGUCUUUAACACUGGAGAGAGAAACAUAUUUUUCUACCCACAGGUCAUCAAAUGUAUGUAAUUUCUUAAUAUUCUACAGUUUGCUUUAGUGAUUAGCAUUUCUGAAUGACAAAUUCACAGCAAAA